AUGAUGGCAACCCAUUCAACCACUCUGGCAAACAAAAAUAUUAAAAUGACUGGUCUUUCAAAGCAGUACUUGUUGAUUAAGAACAAGUAUCCGGAUUUUAUUGUGCUUUUUCAAGUUGGUGAUUUUUAUGAGAUCUACAGUGAAGAUGCUGUGAAAGUUGCAGAAAAGACAUCGUUACGAAUCUCCAGGAAUCCCAAUGUCAAUAAAUUGAUGGCUGGGUUCCCUGUGCGAUCUUUAGACAGCUGGCUCACAACCCUUGUUCAGCAAGGCUUUCAACUGGCAAUCUGCCCACAGCGUCCUGAAAAGUAAGUAUAUAUAUCGUCUGAGCUACUUCUCCCAGCACUUUAUUGUAAGGUUGUCACACUAUCUUACCUUCUAAGAGUAGUAUUCUCUGAUGUGGACUUCAUUGCAAAAAAAAAACGUCAAGAGAGAGUUGCUUGUAUUAAAGAUAUUUUAUCUUUUUUAGGACUCCUGCUAAUUCCAGGUUACUCCAUCGCGAAGUUGUGCGGCUAGUCACACCAGGCACUUUACUUGAGCCACUGAAGCCAGAUGCUAAUUACCUAAUGAGUAUUGCAAGGGGUCCUGACUCAUCCCUUGGGCUUGCCUGGCUUGAUCUAUCAACAGGAGAGUUUCAUUUGGGCGUGUCAUCUCUUGAAAGCUUGGAGGAAGACUUGUCAAGGGUGAACCCUGCAGAGGUAGGUGUGAUCUUAGCAUUUGUACCCUUUCACACCCAGGAGAACUCAAAAUGAAAAAUAAGAAAAGUCCCCAAUAUUACAUUAUAUUAUUGAGUACUAAAAUACAAAUAGUACCAGAUAUAAGGCCUCCUGACCUUGUGAAGAAGCUUGAAUUGAAUGGCUGUACACAGGAUUUUGCUCAAACUUUCUUAAAGCUGCCUUCUUCAUUCUGUGCAGGAAUGUCUCAUGGGUCUCUUUUUUAUGGCAAAUGAAGAAGUCUAACUUAAUUUUCAGAAUGAUGUUCACUUAUAUCUGAACAAGAAGUUUUCUUAUACACUGCUGUACAAGGCCAGCAUUUAUAGACCCUUGAAGAUUCACCCACAUCUCUUGGUAAAAACUCCUCUUUAAUCAAAGGUUAAAGGUCUUUAAAUCUUGAGAGUAAACAUUUUAAGUGUACAGGCCAGUGUUUAUGGGGCAGAUAUCAACACCAUUAAUGAAGUUGCCAAGCCAGAGUAAGCUUCCAUUUAUUAUGCAGGUAUUAAUGGCUGAAGAACAUCUUGAGGAUUCCAAGGUGAAGCACAAUCCUAAAACAGGGAUGAGUGUAAAAAGAUCUCCACUCGAAAAAGUGAAAGAUUUUCACCUGACUCUUGUCCCAUCAGACUGGUUCAGUACAGAAACCACUUCUUCAGACCUCCUUACAUUAUUAGCUUCAUCCCAGUUUUCUUCAUUAGAAAUGGCUGCGGGAGCUGCUCUCCUAAAAUUUGUGUCCUACACCCAAAGAGAUGUUUCCCCUCUAGUAGGUCACCCUUCAAAAUUUUCACAUCAGACUCACAUGGCUAUAGACUCCAGCACAAGACGAGCCUUGGAGAUAACAAGACCAUUGAUGAGUACAGACAAGAAAGCUACACUGUUUGGGGUCAUGAACAAUACAGUAACAGCAGCAGGACAAAGACUGCUCCACUCUCGACUUUGUGCACCUUCAGCUGAGGCUCAGGUUAUCGAGAAGAGACUUGAUAGUGUUCACUAUUUUUACACUAACAGGCACCUUGCUGAAGAACUGCAGAAACACUUGAGGCUUUGUCCUGACAUAGAACGUAAAUUACAGAGGGUAAGAAAAAGUCGUUCACGCAUUUCUACUUGAAAAGCCUCUUAAAGUUCAGUCUAUACAUUCACACUAUAAACAGGUAACCCAGCAGACAUUUAUACACAGGACCCUUACAUAAUAGAAAUUCUCUUUAUUUGAGUAUCAAUGUAUUUAGCACCACAUGUAACACUAUGUUUAGCACUAAUAAUUAAGUUAUAGUGUCCUCAUAAUAAUUAUUGAGAACACUUUUUUACAACUCCUACUGGAGAAGGGACCACAUUUUACAUGGUCGUCCGAGGCACUCUAGCUGUUUGCAUGGCAAAGGCAGCACCUUCAUUUCUCAGUUAUUUCAAGACCCUGAGUAACGGUCCAGUGCCAGGAAUUAAACCCCCCGACCUCCCACUCUGCAGUCAAGCACUAUGCUCUACUGACUGAGUUAAUCCUGCUGCAGUUAACAUCAAGGAUUUUCGCCUGUUAUUGCCUUGCUAGUCUGUAAACUCACACUAAAGUCAAACUCCACUUAAAAAGGGGCAACUCAUUCCACCCCCUUAAUACAGACAUCCCGUUACCAUGGACACUUUCUAUGGCCCCCUAAGUGUUGGUAUUAAUGGGCUUUGACUGUGUUUGUUUCAGAUUACCUGUUUUAGGUUGUUUUUAUAAACUGUACCUGACAUAUUUCAUGUAUGUUUGUUUAAGGUUGCCACGGGUAUUGCCAAUCUAAGUGAUCUGCGUUCCAUUCACGGUGCAUUAGUCACAUAUAAGAACAUUCUCUUGCGGCUUUAUGACAGCCACUUUGACAGCAACCUCCAUGUUAUCGAUCACCUACUUAUGGAGGAUUUUAGCCAGUUGGACAAUUUGUACACAGAGCUUGAUACUGCUGUAGGACAGCUUAUCUCUGAUUACAGUGUGAUGGAGGGAUAUUCAAAUACAGCUGAUGAAGUCAAAGAGAAGCUUGGUCAGAAUUCAAGAGAGGUUGAGGAACUAAGGGAUCUAUACAGGUUUGUCAAUGUAACUAGAUAAGCAUCCACAAUGUUGGCUUUGUCUGCUUUACUGCAAGUCAAUUUGUCAGAAAUUAUUGAUGUUUGCUUUUGAGGAGAGGGGAAAACCAAAGCACUUGGGGAAAACCCCUUGGUGCCAGAACAAGAAUCAACCAUUCACUCAACUCACGUUCUCAUCAACAGAAUGUAGUAUUAUUGCAACAAUGUUGGUGAACAUUGAUUGACCAUUAUUUUUUGUAAGAUAAAGAUAAGGCAUUGCAUUGUUGGGGAAUUGCGAUGUAGUUUGUGUGAUGUCGAUUCCCUGGUGCAGAGUCUAACUUGCACCCGUUAAACUGCAAACAAGCUGUCAAUUUGGGGAAUAUCGCGAGAAGUCAAGCUCGAGUGGCAAGGAAAAGGUGUACUGAGAACCCUCCUUGCAGCUGUGCCCCUUGCUCUUGUCUUUAUUUUCGGCUCACCACUCGAAAUGGAGGCUACCAUACUCGUCAAAUUUCUUUGAAACACCAGACUGAAACAGAAGAUUUUUCAUACUUUCUUAACUAACUUAUCUAACUUUUCUCUGUGAGUAAUUCUUCUCUCCUUCCCCAGUGUUGAGAUACAUGAAUCAGCCUUGAUUGAGGUUGGCAUAGUGUGACAAGUGUCUCAAUAAAUGUGACGAGUAUUGUAAUUCAAUCCUGUUGAUUUUGGAGCAGUGGAGGGUACUUGCCUAAUGUACCUUGUCUUUGCCAGGCUAAAUCCCAGCUGUAUCACAGGGGUUUUGUGGGAAAAGAGUGGGGAUUACACUGAUUAGUUGAUUUAUUUUCAAGUUUGUUUUAUAUCAUUUACUUGUUGUUUAAUACCCUUCGAUUACAUUCCUGAUCACAGAGAGCAACUAAAACUUCCUCGCCUAGUUAUCAACAACCACAAGUCGUUCAUAAGAGUUGUGGAAAUCCCCGCAACUAAGACAACACUUGUAGAAGGAAACCAGGACUUUGUCUUUUUGGAGAAAACGUCCGAUAAAGUUCGGUACAGCACUUUAAAACUGCAGGAACUCAAUGCUAAAAUGAAAGCUUUACAAGAGGAAAAUGAACAAAUCCAGAGAGCUUUGUCUGAAGACCUGUGUAAUCAGGUAAAUAAAAUCCAAUGUUCCCCUAACAAUAGUGCGGAGCUCAAGCAAGAAGAACGCCGACGUACCGGGUGUCAUGGAUAGCAACCGGAAGUUCAAUGUCUCCCUUAAUGUAACGCUUCUGUCUCACACAACGAAUCUUUAUGCCUGUGUUUUAACUCCCGCUGUAUGAAUUUGUGGAUUCAGAGCACUGAAAGAGAGAAAAUAUGAACUUCCGGUUGCCAUUUUUGACGUCUGAGACUUCAACUUUCUCGUUGUUUAAGGUCCCUUAGUCCAUUUCCGGUAUGUGUUAUUCCAUUCGCCGCUCUUCCCUCUUUGUCCGCCCUCUCUCGUACUUCUUAUUCGUGCGCGUGUUAUUUAUCCACUUUUCCUUUUCCCCACGUCUGACACGCAAUUUAGACGAUUCGUGGUGAACUUACUGCCCAAUCUACGCUAAGUUUACUUUAGUCAAGAGAGGAUAGCCCCUUUAUCCUCUCUUGCUUUAGUUCAAAGUGCCUCAGGCCUUUUUGGUAAAAAUUUCCCUCUGUUCCGACUGAAACGGUUAACAACCCAGUGCUCGUUUUCGUGCUUUUUAAGGUCACGUCGCAUGCAGAAGGUCUCAAACAAGUGGCUGUUUCAGUGGCGGAGUUGGACGUGGCGUCCUCGCUCGCUCUUCUUGCAUUAGAAAGAGGUUUUGUAAAGCCAGUUAUAGGGAACAAAAAGGAGUUUCACGUGAAAGGCGGACGCCAUCCUGUGGUCGAUACGCUUCAACCCAACAACUUUGUUUGUAAUGACUGUGAUUUGGGAGACAAAAAUGUGUGGAUCGUUACUGGCCCAAAUAUGGGCGGUAAGUACAGUUUAAAGGUGUCGUUACACAGAGUCUUGAUGACAUUAAUGGUUAUGGCGCGUGCAGAUCCAAAAACCAACUAGAUCAAUGGCGGAACGGCCAAUUGAGCACUUGAAGUUGGGUUAAGUCUUUUCCGCGCGCUCAGCUUUUGCGUUCCUAUUUGACGUUGUGUUCUGUGUGCAAAAUCCUCCUGUACUGUGUUUGGUCAACUCCGGAAAUCUUGUUCUAACCCCUCCCCCACCCAAAAUACUUCAACUAACCUUUCUUUCAUAUUAUGUUUAACGAGAACUUUUCACUUCACAGGUAAAAGUACAUUCCUUCGCCAGAAUGCCCUGAUUGCUAUUCUUGCUCAAGCCGGUUCAUUUGUUCCAGCGCAGAGUGCAACUAUAGGUAAGAUAUAAUUAUACGGUACCGUUGGAAAUGAUGGACUCAUUUGUGCGCCCAAGUAAACGCUUCCCACAGGCGUCUUUUUGUUAGUUCUUCCUGAAGGUUGAAUGUUGUGUAAGGUUAUUAAGAAACAUCAGAAAACACAGGAAGAGAGAAAGCUUUUUCUCUCUAUCUUUCUCUGCAUCCCGUUUUAUUUGAAAGAACUUAAUUGAUUCAGGACGUGGACUCAGCAUAAAGCGCUUUUUCCCAUAAAGAUCGCUUAUGAGAAUGAUGUUUUCAGUGACUCAGGCUACUCGGAAAAAAAGAAAUACAAGUUCCGCCAAGAGGGGAUAAUUGCCGCUACAGAUGCUCUACCACUGAACUAUGACGAAAUUUGUGGCAAAAAAAUACUGCUCGGAUACUGUUUUUUAAUCUUCAUGAUUACUUUGUUUUUCUUUUUGCUUUUUCAGUCGAUACCGCAGGUGACUUGCAAAACUGAAAUCCGAAGAUGGCUUAUUUUUCAUUUCUUCACCGGCACUGCCUUAGGAACCUGCCCCUUUUCAAUAGAUCAAGUUAGGUUUCUGGGAAACUACCCACCUUCCCCUCCCCUAAGCCAUCAAUUUGCCCUAAGUGGGAAGUAAGUGUUAAUGUUAUCUUAAGGGAGGGGUAGGUGGGCAGUUUCCCAGAAACCUAAAUUCAUCCUUUUUUUAUUUCCCUGUUUUGUUUUGAAUAUAUAUCACGCUCUUAUCUUACUCGGACAAUGUGCAAUGAUAACUGCUACUUCUUUAACAAAAGACAAAGUCUUGUCAGUCUGAAAAGAAAAAUAUUCUCUUCUUCCGCGCAGGUGUCGUGGAUCGUGUAUUCGCACGGAUCGGGGCCAGUGACAAUCUUGUUCAGUAUCAAUCAACUUUUAUGACAGAGAUGCUUGAAACAGCGUUUAUCCUGGCCCAAGCUACUCAACAGUCUCUUGUUGUUGUGGAUGAAGUAGGUACGUACACACGCCGCGAAUUAGGACAUGAUGUCAUUUUGUCCUUGCCUCGCUUUAAUUUUACCCUACCCAGCAGAUGCUACUUUCCGGCGAUAUGUACUGGCGUGCGUACACGUAUCCUCUGCUCACAGGUUACUUCCACUGUGGAGAAUUUGAUGCAACUAAGGAAACAUUAUUCGACCUUUUCUAAUUUACCUUGUGUGUCAAACAAUUCUUAGAGCGAUAAGCCCCAAACCGGUUAAGCCCUACAAAGUUGGUUAACUUACAGCCUGCGAAUACAGGCUACCAGGCCUUUCCCGCGACCGCUGCAGGGAAAUGGCGGGAAUGUCCCCUACAUCUUUAAUUUCAACUCACGACUUAAUACGUUGCCUGGAUAGAGAGCUUGCUCGCUGCCGGGGCAUAUGAGAAAUCGUAAUAUAACACAACCUUUUUCGUAGAUGGUUAUUGAUGGAUAGCUGGUUAACGGUGGGUGAAAAAUGGCUUAUGAACAAGCUCUUUAUUUCGAGUGACAAGCGAUUUGAACUGCGAUAGAACACUUGAGUUUGCUUUACCCUGGCUCUCGGGUCUCCUUACGCGUGCCAUUCGCGCGUGACUCUCCCUCGCUCGCUCGUCUUCUUACGCGUGCCACUCGCGCGUGACUUUUCACGAUUAUCUUCCAAAUGUCGAGCUUGCUUGCGGGCUAUAUAACAUGGUGUGUGAAAUUCCUUUCCCCACAGGCCGUGGAACCUCAAUGCUCGACGGACUGUCCAUAGCCUGGGCAGUGAUAGAAUAUCUUCACAGCAAAAUAAACUGCAGGACAUUAGCUUCUACUCAUUACUAUCAACUUGCUAAACUGGCCGAUAGUCUUCCCCGCGUGGACUGUUACCACGUGACAGCCAAGAACUCUGAGGAAGGAAUCAGCUUUACCUUCAAAGUCCUUGUAAGUAUCUCAGUUCUCCUGCAUUUCUCAGUUUCCAGAGACCGCGACCACUUUGGUCACAUGACUUAACAGGAACGCCACUUGAAAAAGACGACGCCAGGUAGUCAAAACGUCCACUUACUGUAACAGCCGUGCUUUCUGUGAUAUGAAAUCUAUUUUUUCCUCAAUUAUACAUCCAGAAACUAGAAACCUUAGUAUACACGUUCUUGUAAGUAAUCAAAGUAGCACACUGAAAUUUGACCAGAGAAAGUUAUAUGAUGACUUUUAUGCUCUUGCGGAAUUUCUUUAGGAGUGCUGGAAAGGACAAUUGUCAGCCAGGGUAUUUAGUUUUCUCGCGAGUCGUCACAUAACAGCGUUUGCAUCUUUACAUUUCGUGUUUAAGUGGGAGGGGAGGGCGACGUCGUCAAAUAACUGGGGCGAGCCACACUAACCUUGCAUUUCUUUACCCUUUAGCACGGAUGUGAUCAGAAAUCCUUCGGAAUUGACGUGGCGAAACUAGCAGGCGUUCCUUCACAAAUUGAAACUCGAGCCAGGGAAAUUCUCCGAGACUUAGAGCAAAAUGACAAUAUUUUAGGGGAUGCUUUGGAAGAAAAUGAACUUUUACAAGAAACUCAAGCAAGGGAAAGUAUCACAAGAAACACAAGAGAUACUGAAAACACAGCAGAAGGAGUGCAGGCUGAGGGAAUUUGUCAGCGUGAUGCUGAAGUUGAAAUUGGACUAACAAAAGCAUUGUUAUUGCUUCAUCCAGAGACUCUUACACCUCGGCAGGCCUUGGAUGUUAUUUAUGAUCUUCAUGCGAAAGCAAAAAGUAAAGGCUAUAAAUAG